CCCGCCCGUCGCAGCGCCGGCGCUGCCGCGGUGCCCGGCAGGGAAGAUGGCGCCGUCCCACGUCCUCAAGUGCUGCCAGAGGGUGCUGGCUUGGGUGCCCGUGGCCUUCAUCGCCCUGGUCGUGGCCUGGUCCUACUACGCCUACGUGGUGGAGCUGUGUGUGUUUACUAUUUCUUCAACUGCAGAAAAAGUUGUCUACCUUGUGGUUUUUCAUCUGUCAUUUGUCAUGUUUAUAUGGUCCUAUGGGAAGACAAUUUUCACAUCUCCUGCAACCCCCUCUAACGAGUUCUGCUUGUCAAAAGCUGACAAAGAGCAAUAUGAAAGAGAAGAGAGGCCAGAAUCCCAGCAGGAGAUACUGAGGAGAGCUGCUAAAGACUUGCCUAUCUAUACGACAACAGCAUCGAGAGCAAUCAGAUACUGCGAUCGAUGCCAGCUAAUCAAGCCUGACCGCUGCCACCACUGUUCUGCAUGUGACGUAUGUGUACUAAAAAUGGACCACCACUGUCCAUGGGUGAAUAAUUGUGUGGGAUUUUCUAACUACAAAUUCUUCCUCCUGUUUUUAAUGUAUUCCUUACUGUACUGUCUGUUUGUUGCUGCUACAGUCUUGCAGUACUUCAUAAAGUUUUGGACAAAUGAAUUGCCAGAUACCCAUGCAAAGUUCCACGUACUAUUCCUUUUCUUUGUGGCAGCCAUGUUCUUCAUCAGCAUACUGUCUCUCUUCAGCUACCACUGCUGGCUAGUUGGCAAAAACAGAUCAACCAUAGAAACAUUCCGUGCACCCACAUUUCGAAAUGGCCCUGAUAAAAAUGGGUUUUCUCUUGGAUGCAGCAAAAAUCUGAAGGAAGUUUUUGGAGACGAAAAGAAGUAUUGGCUACUCCCUAUCUUUACCAGUUUGGGUGAUGGGUGCAAUUUUCCAACUCGUUUGGUGAUUAUGGAUCCAGAGCAACUUACUGUCUCAAGCCAAAAUGAACCUGCCAAAAGCUCUGGAGCCAGUCAGUCCUUUCCUACUCGACCACUCAGUGAAUCACAAAACCGAUUGCUAGCUGGUGAUUGUCAGUGGGUGGAAAGUGGUCCUGAAGAGGAGAAUGUGAAAUCAGGUGCAAAAAAGCAUAUUAUAGUUUCAUUGGAAAGCUGAUCUCAGCUUAUUACUAACCUACCAUCUCAAUGAGAAACAGGUUUCUGCAACACAUUUUGAGCUUGAAUAUUACUUAAUUUUGUUUGGAAGAAGUUGAGCUGGAAAAAUGGAACAUGAACAUUUUAGGAAGAGACAAGAAAUUCAAGUUUCUGCACAGUACAAUGGAUUCUUGUAAGCACUAUUGCAGAGCAGGGAAGUUAAGACAGAUGCCUUAAGAUUCUAAAUGUGCAUUUAUGCAACACUGAAUUAUAUACUGCAACCAAAGGGCCAGAUCCUGAAGUGCCCUGCUUGGAUGCACAAGGUCCAGAGUGGGAACUAUGCAUUUCUGUUAUGCUGCAGUGGUGGGGGUAGAUUGCAGAGACUCCUUCCUCCUCACGGGCAAACUUCAUACCUUAGGCACUGCAGAAGUCACUUCCAUAGCAGGUCUCCAGAGUAGAGAAGGAAAGAAAAGAGGAAAAGAAAGGAAAAAAAAAAAAAAACAAACCAAGAGAAGAAGAAUCGGCAUAAAGCAUGGCUGGCGAGUCUGAAGUGUGAGUAUGCAUCGUUCAGAUGCCAGGUGAUGGGGAAGGGACUGGAUGAUGUCUUCUUCCCACUUCCUGUUAACCAGUCUACACCAUGAUCAUAGCUCUCCAAGUCUUUCAGGAAUGAGGGUUCCUUCUACUAGCUGUGCUUUGGAGUAAGGCAAUGCCAACAGCAUAAAAGCCUUUAACUUGGGUGUUGCUUUUUUGCUAUAGGGUUGAGCCUCCCCAUCAUUUUAACUUGAUUUAUUUAACCAUAUCAAGAGCAGAGCUCAAAGAAGAAAAUUUGGUUUUUAGUUGAAAAAACAUGGAAUAUUUCUUUCCAACAUCUGUCUGUCAGCAUACCAAGAGACACCGAUCCAAAAAGGAAUUAAUAAUUGUUACAUUUUCUGUUACUGUUUGCAGUGUUUCCUGUGAGGCAGCAACAAAAUGGUAAAGUACCCCUGAGAAAAACCUUAUUGUAGUUGUGUGAUGUUAUAAAAUGGAACCAGAAGAGUGCUGCUUUUUCCAUGGGUCUCUUGAUGGUUUAUAAAUACUGUUUUAUACUUUUAUCUUUUUAAUAAAGGCACAAGGUUUUAUUGGUUCUAAAGUACCAUUUAAACUAAUAUCAGGUACUUACAAGAAAAUCAGUUUUGAAUCAUACAUCUGUGUUAGCACACUGAAAAAUUGCAUCCUGUAGUCUCCCACUUUCAAGUCCAGUUUAAGUGAUGCUGGAAUUGCUAAAGACUGAGUGCUUUAUGCGGUGAUGUACCUGUUCACAAAAGGCAAAAUGUAUUUCCUGUGUAUGAAAUCAAGUCCAUUCAUAGCUCAAGACCUACAGCAAACAACAUGGAGGGGGUUUAUUUCCUCACUCCUCUAUAGAGAAGACUGCUAACUCAUCUUUGAGGGGUAUUGGAAUUUUGCACUUAGAAAAGUGACAAAUACUAUUUUUCUGUCUGUAACUUUUCUGAUGUUCAGCUGAUGCUGAUUACAAAUAAUACAUGAGCCCUUUUGAUACAGACUGCAGGUAGUAGUCGAGUUGAUGAUCUAGUCCAAAAGAACCUCUUCGUUUUGUCUCCCAGACUGAUUGCUACGUCAGUUAAAUAUGUUUAUGAUGGAAAUACUAAGGUAUCGAGUAUACUCUGAGGUUUAAAAUAAGUAUUUUUUUGUCUUUGAAAAUAAUAAACUUUUCUUAAAUAUUCAUCUUCUGGAACAAGAACUCUUUCAGAAUCUAUGAACAUGAUUUGGUCACCGUUGAAUGUUCUUGAGGCAGAAGUAGUGGUCCAAACUUGCAUGUUUUAUAAAAGUUGCAUAAUGUUUCUUCAAAUUUGUACAAGAAAUUUUGCAUUUGCUUAUUUCAAAACUUUCAAAAACAUUUGCUACACAUUAAACUGAAAGGUUUACCUUUUUCUUCUCAAAUGUUAAGUGAGAUGUGCUCAUCUGAAUAUAAGCUCUCAGCAGUACUGAACCAGCAAAAUUUCAUGGGACAGAUACAGAGAGAGAAGACUACACUUUCAGAUAGCUUGUUCUGAAUACCAAAAUUCACAGCCCCAAAAACUGGUGGAACUGCAAUGGAGGGCCUGGGAUAUCAUUUGGCUUUUACUGCAUCAGUGUAUUAUAGCUGAAAUAA